GAAUAUCGACUAUAACUCGACAAAUACUGUUUUAUUUCUCUCUCUACCUUCUUCGACUCGGUGUUGGGUUCUCUCUCCUUGCACUAGUUUUCUCCUGAUUUUACUUCAAUUUGUGCCUGAAAAAGCUUACGGGUAUUUAAAUUUCCAGUACUUUGGUGUUUUUGAGAGAGAGAGAAUGGGACUGUGGGUCUUUUAUGGAGAAAAGAUUGAAAGAUCAAUGAGGGAAUUCCUGGUUCCCCUGCUAUUUAUUGGGCUUGCUUUUGAGAUCCUUUUCUUGCACGCACUGGCAUCUGCGCAACACGAUGGAAAACCUGGUGAUGCUGCUACCUUUUCAAAGAAAGCAUUGGAGUCCCUUGCAUUUAAGAGGUACUUUGAGGCACUUGAUUAUCUUAAUGAAGCUUUAGAGGCUGAUCCGGCAUUUUCUGAGGCUUACUUUCACCGUGCAUCUUCCCUGCGUCAAUUAUGUAGAUAUGAGGAGUCCGAGAGAGACUACAAAAAAUUUUUGGAGUUAAAACCUAGUACUUCUGCUGCAGAAAAAGAACUUUCCCAGAUGUUCCAGGCAAAAAGUUCUCUUGAAGUUGCCAUAGAUCUUUUUAAUUCCAAAAAUGUUAUCAAGGCAAUGGACCACCUCGACAAAGUUGUCCUUGUUUUUUCACCGGAGUGCUCCAAGGCAAAACUUUUAAAAAUUAAGAUCUUGAUAGCGGAAAAAGACUAUUCAGGUGCCAUUGCUGAAACUGGUUAUAUACUCAAAUCUGAUGAGAGUAAUCUGGAGGCUUUACUUCUGCGUGGACAAGCCUAUUAUUACCUGGUUGAUCAUGAUGUUGCUUUGAGGCACUACCAAAAGGGGCUUCGUCUUGACCCGGAACACAGUGGACUGAAGAAAGCAUAUUUUGGAUUGAAAAAUCUUAUAAAGAAGACUAAAAGUGCUGAAGAGAAUCUAGCUAAGGGUAAGUUGCGAUUAGCAGUAGAGGACUUUAAAGGAGCACUUGCGCUGGACCCGAAUCAUACUGCAUACAAUGUCCAUCUUUAUCUUGAGUUGUGCAAGGUAUUGAUCAAGCUUGGCCGGGGAAAAGAUGCUUUGGACAGUUGCACUGCAGCGCUUGACAUUGAUGGGGAGCUUAUAGAUGCUUUAGUUCAGAGAGGUGAAGCCAAACUUUUAGUUGAAGAUUGGGAGGGGGCAGUUGGCGACUUGCAAGCAGCUGCGCAAAAAUCUCCUCAGGAUAUGAGCAUUCGAGAAGCAUUGAUGAGGGCAGAAAAGUCACUAAAGCUGAGCAAGCGAAAGGACUGGUACAAGAUACUAGGUAUAUCAAGGACUGCUUCCAUUGCAGAGAUAAAGCGUGCCUAUAAGAAACUUGCUUUGCAGUGGCAUCCAGAUAAAAAUGUAGACAAUAGAGAAGAGGCAGAGACUAAAUUUAGAGAAAUAGCAGAGGCAUAUGAGAUCCUGGGAGACGAAGACAAGCGUGUGAGAUAUGACCGAGGUGAGGAUAUAGAAGAUGCUGGCAUGGGAAUGGGUGGUGCCGGUUUUAAUCCUUUUGGUGGCGGUGGUCAACAAUUUACUUUUCACUUUGAAGGAGGCUUUCCAGGCGGCUAUGGCUUCAAUUUUUGAUUUCAAAUGACAGAAUGAAUUAACAACCAUCGCAAUUCUAAUGCUGAAAGUAUUGAUAGUUGUAUGUCAUUUCUGCCCACAUCCUAACCCGCCCAACCUGUACUUAGAGGCCUCAUGUAGGGGCUGUUAUGCCCAAAGACAUUUCCAAUGAUGUCACAAUUAUGAUUAAUUUGUUGUUUCCUGAUCGUGUAAUUUGAGGAUGCAGUCUAUCCCUAUUUGAUGGGAUGACCUCCCCUAAAUUUUGAAAGAAAGGAUGAGUUUCUAUUUUGUAGCA